UUUAAUAAGUUAUUGAAUUAAGAGUCUAGCGUGUAAAAAAUGUUUUGAAAUAUUUUACGUGUAGGUAUUUGAAAUUCGUAAUUUUCCGCCAAUUUCAUUAAAUUAUUACCUACCUCUGUGAUAUUCCCUCCUCCUAUCAAGUCAAAAUUAUCGCUAUCUUCACCGAUAUAAUACAUUUUUCGUAUGUAUUUCAUAUUCGAACGGAAAAUUAUGUUAUUAGUACCUAAAUUUAAAAUCUGAAGUAACCAAAAUCAACGACGAAAUGAACUCUUCGGGGAAAGAUGUGUGAAAAUAUCGAUUGGAUUUUCUCGUAUGCAGUUUUUCAUUAAUUGAAUUUCACGUCGCAUCGAUGGACUCGUAUUUUCAAAACUCGUUCGUGUUGAAAAUAUCGCCUUAUAGUACCUAAACCCAUAGUAAGUUAGUAAUAUUGGUAAUUUGUUCACGUUUGUUAUAUGUACGCUACAUUUUCCAUAGGUUUAGAUAUAGGUAGGUAGACCGAAUCGAUGAAAAAUUUGAUAAUGCAGUUACCCGUAAAAAUACCCGCCGAUAUGAGCCAUUGACGAGGGCAAAUAUGCCUUUGAAUGGAUUUUCAAUCCGCGGAAACUUGUCGUUAAGUAUAACACUUUUGGAGUGCUUUCUUUUGAACCUACACAUUACACGUGUAGGUAAGAAAUGUAGGUACAUUUGCGUAUCCAAUUUACCUAAAAAAAAAAUGUAAAAUCCUACCGACUUCUUUUUAUCGUUAUCGUUGGACUCUCAUGGUUAUACGUAGGAGAGGGUUUUUUUUUGAAGGGUCAUUAUUCACAAACGUGAUACGUUCAAUCUAGAAACUCUCUGCUAUACUCGCUAGUUAUCUGAUUUGGCUGAAUAUUUCUGAUUUAUAUCACACCGGCGGUGGAGAGUAACUCGUUGUCAAACGUUUUUGUAACCUUUUAAUCGAUUUUUCCUUUUUUUCAAUGGUUUUUACAUCUUUUUCGUCAUAACAAACGCGUUUUAAUUUUUUCACAGAUAUUUGGUAUGAAAAAAUGGCCGCAUUCGAUGACCUACCCGAAGAAAUUGUACUGAAGGUAUUUUCCUUCGUACCGCAGUCGUGUUUGCAGAAUGAUGUUGCCAAAGUGUGCAAAAGAUGGCAGCGUAUCAGUCAAGAUAAUUCGUUAUAUCGUAAUGUACAUUUUGACGUCAAGUUAUCCCUGAAUAUGGCCAUCGAUGUUAUUCUGAAAUACGCCCAAUACAUUCAUCGUUUAGCAAUUAGUCGCAGAUUGGAUACUAAUGAUAUUCUGAAAGUGAUACCAGCUUGUACGAAUUUAACCUCUUUGACGGUUAAUUCGUGUACGGGGUGUUUUUUCCCAUGUGGACGAAUAUCUUCCGAAGUUAACGCUGAUUUAAUUUCGACUAUUUUGGAAAAAAAUGCCAAGCUCAGUUUACUUUGGAUUUCCCAUUCUACUAUUAAAAAUGGCGGUAUCAAGAUUCGUGGCCAUUCUUUGGAUACUUUAAUUUUGAAAAAUUCUUAUUAUCAUAGAUCGAUCGAAGAAAAAGGUUUAUUAAAUCAAGCCAAGCUCAAGGUACUCAAUUUGCAAGGAUUGAUUAUGAACAAAGCUACGUUGUACGAGGUGAUAAUGAAAAACCACCAAACGCUGGAAACGAUCAAACUAGACGUCUGGGAACCGCAGCUCGGCUCAAACGAUCAAAUGGCUGAUUUUAAACCAUAUUUGCAAAUGCGGUAGAUGGAGACAACCGAAAUGAAUUUCGAUACAGAAAUAACGUUUAUAAUAUUGGAAAUGUCAUCGAUGAAAUGCGCUCAAAUAUGUAUAAUUUUAUGUAUGAAUUUUUCUUUCAUCAACGGACUUGUGUUCUCGGAUAUUUUACCUGAAAAUGCUAAACUAUACGAUAAAAUGCGACCACCUAAGAAAGGAGGAGAAGCUACUACCGUGUUUUUCCAUGUCACUGUCAUGGGUUUAGAUUCGAUAGAUGAAAAUUCUAUGACUUACGCUGCUGAUAUAUUUUUUGCUCAAACUUGGAAAGACCAUCGUCUUAGGUUACCGGAAAAUAUGACGUCUGAGUAUCGAUUAUUAGAAGUUGGUUGGUUGAAAGAAAUGUGGAGACCAGAUUCCUUUUUCAAAAAUGCCAAAGCAGUUACAUUUCAAACAAUGACUAUUCCUAAUCAUUAUAUGUGGUUAUAUAAAGAUAAAACUAUAUUGUAUAUGGUCAAGUUAACACUGAAGUUAUCUUGUGCAAUGAAUUUUAUAAUAUAUCCACAUGACACCCAAGAAUGUAAAUUACAGAUGGAAAGUUUAUCACACACCACAGAUGAUUUAAUCUUUCAAUGGGAUCCUGAAGUACCACUUGUGGUUGAUCAGAGCAUAGAAUUACCACAAUUACAACUUGUAAAAAAUUACACAGCUGACUGCACUCAAAUUUAUUCUACGGGCAAUUUUACCUGUCUUGAAGUGAUUUUCGUUUUAAAAAGAAGACUGGGGUAUUAUGUAUUCCACACAUACAUUCCAACGUGUUUGAUUGUUAUAAUGUCAUGGAUAUCAUUUUGGAUCAAACCUGAAGCUGCUCCAGCUCGUGUAACAUUGGGUGUAACUUCGUUACUAACAUUGUCAACUCAGCAUGCUAAAUCACAGGCCGCAUUGCCGCCAGUUUCCUAUAUUAAAGCUGUGGAUGCUUUUAUGUCUGCAUGUACCAUUUUUGUGUUCAUGGCCUUAAUGGAAUAUUGUCUGGUGAAUAUUGUAUUGGGAGAUGCUGAUGCUCCUAAACCUCCAGAACCUCCUAAGCCAGAGGCUUUUGAAUUUACAAAUGAAACUCACAUGAUGUUAGCUCAAGCUGCUGCAGCUGCUUGUCCAAAACAUUCACGCAAAACACCAAAAUUCAAUGCGGUCAAAAGACGUAAUCAAGCUCUCAAUAUUGAUCGUUUUUCAAGAGUAUUUUUUCCAUUCUUGUUUACAUUAUUGAACGCAAUUUACUGGAUCAUAUUCUUUCGAUAUAUUUAAUAAUUUAUACGUUAUGUUACUUAUCUACUUAUUAUUUUGCAAUUGAAAUUUUUUUAUAAUAUUUUUUUUUUCAAAUUUGAAGAAGUAUAAUUACGAGUAAUACAUAAUUUUAUUUCAUCAAAACAUAAGAAAUUUGACUGUAAAUUUUUGGAAUUUUGACAAGAAUUUUGUAAAGUGAUGUUUUAUUGUUAUGUUUAAAAAGUCAUUUUUUUUUAUUUCAACAGUUGUUUGUAUUGACUGUUGAUAGAUUUGAUAUCAUUACUCAUUUUAAUUAUUUCUGUAGGCCUUUGUGCUAAAUCAUAGUGACAAGACUUUGCAUAAGCGCUUUUUCAUAGCACUUUUAAAUUGAAAUCUAUCUACUUACUUACCUACCUACCUACCUUCCUACCUACCUACCUACCUACCUACCUACCUACAGGGUACCCAGAAAUAUCAUGAACCCAUAAAAAAGUUUUCUGCUACAUUUUUCGGUUGGUCACAGUGAAUGAUAAUAAUGGUAGCACAUGGUUGGUUGUUGGACUGGAGAGAUAACAUUCCACCAAUCAUAUGCAUCUAUUUCACGUUGCCAUCCUAUAUUUUUAAUGAAAAACUUUCUUAGGGUUUCACUAUAUUUCUUCUGGGCACCCUGUAUGCAUGUACCUACCUAAAUACCCAUUGUGUGGUGUUUAAUUGACUAAUUAAUUGGACAAUGCUCAUUGCUCGACUGUAUAUUCGGAUAUUAAUUGAUAUCCCAGGGGAAAAUGAUCAGAUAUAGCCACAUCUGAAUAGAUCUAAUCAAAUAAAAUCGGAUAUUUUCUGGUGUGAUCAAGACUUUCCAGAACUUACUAGUCAGAUCUGAAAAGGUUUCCUCUAUGGGACAUGAUUGGAUGUGAAUUUGAUCAGAUCGAACUGGAUCUAGGGAACAAGGAUUACCUGGAUCCUAAUUAUAUGACAGAGUUUGUGAAAAAGAGAGGUAGGCCUAUAAUGCAAUCUUUUGAUGGAACCAUUGAAAUUACUACUUAAAUUUAUAUUACCUUAUGUUAUUGAUCUCAUUUGUUUGAUUUUUUGAACAAAAUUACGAUUUGAUUACAAAAAUAACCCUUAGUUUUUAAAAAAUUGUGAAGGCGGCGUUCUCCACUGCAUGGUAUGGAAUGGAUGCAUCAGUCAGUACCUAUUUUCUGUUGCCCUCUAUCUCCAACCAUUUUCUGAGAGUAACAAGAACUACUCAAACUCAAGUUGAUAUAGAAAAAUCACCUUGAAGUUUGAAUGCCAGUAUGCCACAUGCUUGUACAUAGGACAUAGGUAUAUCAUAUAUAUUUUUAUUCAUCAGUACCUGCCGUGAUUUUUUGUCUCAUUGUCUGGCUUGUUUUUUAUUUUCAUCAUUUUGUAAUCAAAUCGUCAAAUGUGAGUGAAAUAAAUUUCUUGCUGAUGAUACAAAAACAAAUCAUAAACCUUCUCACAGUCACUGAAUGAAGUUCUGUUACUAAUUUAUUACCUAGGUAAUAAUUUGUAUUUUUUCACAAAAAUAAAAUAUAGUUACCUAAAUAAAAUCAACUGCAUUUUGUACAAAAAUAGUGCGCAUAAAUAAACCUGUACCUACUCGUA